AUGGAUCGCGCGAACUCCGGCAGCCCCACCUCCGCCACCUGCGACGGCGUUCAACGGGAAGAUAAUCAAUGGGCACCUGUUAGUGAGGAUCUUGAAACAAGUUGUUGGGGUUGCGGGCUUCGCGUACUUGUUUCUCCUUAUGCAUCUAUCUUUAAAUGUGGAUGGUGUGGAGCAAUAACAAAGCAAAAUGUGGUCAAAAGUGAUGACAAAUACAUCCCUUUCAGAAAAUUGCGUGAUCGGUGUUUUGUUUGCAUAGUGCUUCUAUUUAUGCUCUUCUUCAUAUGUACUGCUAUUUGGGCUGUGUACCCUGUAGUAUUCUCUAUUAGUUACCUCAAUGGUGUUUUCCACGCCACAAUAGCAGUAACACUGUCUUUAUGUACAUUAUCUUUAUUUUGCCUUGCGGCAUUUCAACCUGCGGGUCUGCCACCACUGAUACUGUGGGGUAGCUAUCCCACAGUGGGGAAAGGUGGGCUCGAGAACUUUACUUUCUGCCACUAUUGCUCAAAACCAAAAUCUCCCAGGUCCCACCACUGCCGUUCAUGUGGGGUGUGCGUAUUGGACAUGGAUCAUCACUGCCCUUUCAUAGGGAACUGCGUGGGCUCAGCAAAUCAUCGGGUUUUUAUCCUCUUCCUCAUAUCCACGGUCAUCGGCACAAUUUAUGUCGCCAUCAUGACCUCAUUCUCCGCUCUCCAAAUCUGGCCGCCUCUUGACCGUGGGCUCGCCAGCAAAUUCAAUGGGUUCAUUACUUCAGAGCUGAUGUUUGGGGUUUUGAGAGAGAAAUUCCUCUCUUUCUUGAGGUCGGCUGUGUUUUUACCUGUGAGAGGGCUUAUUCUCAUUUACCUGUUCAUUGCUAGUGUUUCAGUGGGUAUUGGUUUGAGUGUGCUCUUGUGGCAGCAGCUUAGUUACAUAUACGUCGGGAAGACAUAUUUGAGUCAUCUAAGUGCAGUAGACAGUGAGGAGAUUUUGGAAAGGGAUUGCCAAAAUCUCGUGAGAUUUUUUGGUUGUCCGUAUAAUGCGACUGUGUAUUUACCCAGUUAUUGGAGAUCAAGCAAGAGGCAUAACAAGUGA